AUGGUAGCAGGGUUUUCCCAAGUGGGCUCAGCCAGUUACUAUUGUCCAAAGCGACGCUUUUGCACCAAAUCCAAAGCUGUCUCUUAUCCUUCUCCGAUUUAUGCAGAGGUAAUGGAUGAGUUCAGAUUGAAAGGCGUUGCCAAUUAUCCUGUUUUCAUGUCAACUUGGUCAAUAUCCCUGUUGAUGUAUGUCUUUGAUGAUUGGCGCCAGGAUUAUCUUACUAUUGGGGACUAUAAUUUCUUUUGCGAAUACAACCAAGAUCAGGCUGGUGCUCAAUUCUUAUCACCACUAAGGAAAGAGAUGGCAGCAAUUUGGGACAUGCCAAAACUUUCAGACGAGAUCCAAAUUCGUAGAUCACACAUGCUCUGUUCAAUGGCUUUCUUUGACCUGAAGCGCAGACACAAAUCGGAAUUUCUCAAUCAUGAUACAGACGGACGUACUGUCUGGAUCCACGAAGAUAGAGAUAUCUGGCGAGAUGUCAAAGCUUUAGAUUCAGCUGGCUAUUCGCAUUACUUGUCAUAUUCCAUUGGAGCUAAUGGGCGCGACGACAUGGUGCUGGCUGGUUUAGUCAAUGACUGGAUUGAUCUCGGACCUGACUUGCGCUACCAGGAGUGCAAUCAAUCCAUUUUUGCGCUCACUCGAGGAUCAUUGACAAUUAAAGACCUGACAAAAUGCUAUGAACAGACGGUGUGGAUGCUAAGCGCGAGUUUUGACUCAGAAGAGCGACGUGUGGUGCGUAAUGGCAUUGUCGGAACCCUUGCGCAGCAAUUGGAUCUUUACCAAAUUGGAAAUCUCGCCGAUUGCUAUGCUUCGGAUUUCACGCCGAGGACAUUAUCUGACGCCAAAGUGAUAUCUAUUCCGCGUCAAGACUAUUCACAUCACGUCCGGGUAAAGAAAGUCGAACACAAAGGUUCAAUUAUGCUCCAAACAACAGUUUGUGACGCCGUCAAAUCUGAACUGAUCCCAGCAUCCGUCAUCGACUACUAA